AUGAACAUCAAGGUGGACCUAGGAGUUCUAAUAGCGGGCCCUCCCUUACAGAAUCUAGUCCGAGAACAACAUCACGAUGACAACGACGAAUUUACUUUCCACAUAGCACGCUAUCGGCCUGAGGAGUUGCAGAAAUUAGCAUCGAAAACAAAAUUUACGAGGAAAGAAAUCCAAUUGAUGUACCGAGGAUUCAAACAGGAAUGCCCGACGGGAAUGGUUGAUGAAGAGUCGUUCAAACACAUAUUUUCUCAGUUUUUUCCAUUAGGUGAUGCCACUAACUACGCCCACUACGUGUUUAACACAAUGAAACAGAAACAGACGGGGAAAAUAAGUUUUGAGGAUUUCUUAAACAUUCUGUCUAAAGUGUCAAGGGGUAGCGUCAAUGAAAAAUUACAAUGGGUAUUCAAUCUCUACGACUUAAAUGGCGAUGGGCUCAUUACCAAAGCGGAGAUGGUGGAUGUUGUAUCGAGCAUUUACGAAAUGCUCGGCAGGGCGACGCAGCCAGCUGUUGAGGAUUCCUCGGCAAAGGAACACGUAGAAAAAAUAUUUAACAUGAUCGAUACGAAUAAGGACGGGGUGAUUACCAUAGAUGAAUUAAUAAAAUGGUGCUCUCGGGAUGAGAAUUUUUUAAAAUCUUUAGAAACAUUAGAUACCGUAUUGUGA